AUGAUUGUUGUUAUGAAAAAGUCCGACUUUGGCCAAGUUGGGAGAAAACCAAGAAUUGAUUUUGCAUGUGAAAGACAUGGUUCAUAUAGGAGACAUAAUUAUGACAUUGCCCAAAACCUUGAAGGACAUUCAUAUGCUGGGAGAUUAACUGAGAAAGGGACUUCAAUUUUAGUAAACAUGGCAAAGAAACAUGUAAGACCAAAGGAAAUAUCAUAUACAUUGAAACAAAAUGAUGACACAAAUGUUAGCACAAUGAGGCACGUCUACAAUGCAUGUCAGAAGUUCAGGCUCAAAGAACAAGCUGGAAGGACACAAAUGCAACAACUAAUGAAUAGACUUGUUGAGAAUAAGUACAUAGAGUGGCACCGCACCUAUAUGGAGACGAAUAUAGUUCAAGAUUUAUUCUGGGCACAUCCAUAUUUAGUAGAUUUGUUGCGAGCUUUUUCUCGUGUGAUAAUUAUGGAUUGCACAUAUAAGACAAAUAGGUAUCGCCUACCGUUGUUGGAAAUAAGAGCUAGCUCUUAUGAAGGCCAUUGA